AUUGGAUCAUCUGGACCCUGUCUUUGUUAUAUAAAUUUUGUUUUUUUUUUUAAUAUUUCUCUUUAUUUCCUUUUCCCCCUUUUUUUUAGAUAAACAUACAAAAUGAGAUUGAUUAUUCGUGAAGAUUAUGAAGAAGUAACAAGCUAUGUUGCCAACUACGUGAAGGAACGCAUUAAUCAAUUUAACCCUUCUGCUUCACGUCCUUUCGUACUCGGUUUACCUACUGGUUCUUCGCCUGUGGGUGUCUAUAAAAAGUUGGUUGAAAUGUAUAAGGCAGGCGAAAUCAGUUUCAAACAUGUCGUUACCUUCAACAUGGACGAAUACGUCGGACUACCUCGUGAUCAUCCUGAGUCAUAUCACUCCUUUAUGUGGAAACAUCUUUUUAUGCAUGUUGACAUUAAUCCUGAAAAUGUUCACAUCUUGGACGGUAAUGCUCCUGAUUUAGAUGAAGAGUGUAAGAAGUUUGAAGCAGAAAUCACUAAAGUGGGCGGUAUCGAGCUCUUCUUGGGUGGCAUCGGUCCUGAUGGUCACAUUGCCUUUAACGAACCCGGUUCAUCUCUCACUUCCCGUACUCGUGUCAAGACAUUGGCCUAUGAAACCAUUAUCGCCAACGCUCGUUUCUUUGACGGUGAUGUAUCCAAAGUACCUAAACUCGCCUUGACUGUUGGUGUUGCCACUGUUAUGGAUGCUCGUGAAGUUCUCGUCAUCAUUACUGGUGCACACAAGGCUAUUGCAUUGGCAAACUGUAUCGAAGGUGGUGUCAAUCACAUGUGGACUGUUUCUGCUAUUCAAAUGCAUCCAAAGGGAUUGAUCGUCUGUGAUGAAGAUGCCACACUUGAGUUGCAUGUCAAGGUAAGAUAAGAAAGGCUAUAUAGAGACUGUCUUUUUAAUGUCUCUCGAUAGACUGUCAAGUACUUCAAAUCUAUUGAACACGUGCAUCAAUCGCUCAUUGGACCUGAAAACUUGUCCCUUCAGGGUGGAGUUAAACAGCUCAAAAAGUUCAAUUAUAGUUCAAGAUCUCAAACACCUUUAAAUGGUCCUUAUGACGAAUAAGCUCUUUCUUUCUAUGAUAUGCACAUACAUUAAUAUAUCCUUCUCAUAAAGUGUACAUUGUCUAUAAUUCAUAAAUAAAUAAAAACAAG